UUAUUAUAUGAAUCUGUUCCUCACUUUUUGUUUUUCUAAUUCUUAAUCCAAACUCAAAUUCUCUCCCCGAUGAUCCUUUUCUCGAUAAAGAAUUUGCCCCGAAUUUAAAGAUUUGAGCCUUUUUCCAAAAAGUUCAUCUCUCCAUUCAUAUAAAAAUGGAGUACUGAAAAUCCGAGCUCACUGUCACUCCCUCCCAUGGCGUCCCCUUUCAGACCGCCAUUGUUGAUAUCCUUAGCCUUUGCUUUCUUCGUUUUGGGUUCUUUUUCGUCUGAGGAAUCGACCCUUUUGGCCUUCAAAUCUUCCAUUGAUGAUUUGACGAACUCUCUCUCGAACUGGGUUUCUUCUUCUUCUUCUUCUUCUUCUUCUUCUUGGCCGAUCCAUUUCUGUAACUGGACUGGGAUUUCUUGUGUGAGUUCGUCAUCGCCUUCUUCGCUUUCGGUUUCCGCCAUUAAUCUUCAGGGUUUGAAUCUCUCCGGCGAAAUUUCAUCUUCCAUUUGUGAGCUCCCUCGUUUGGUUCAUCUUAAUCUUGCGGAUAAUCAGUUCAAUCAGCCGAUUCCUCUUCAUCUCUCGCAGUGCAGUUCGUUGGAGACUUUGAAUCUGAGUAACAAUCUCAUUUGGGGGACGAUCCCCGAUCAGAUUUCUCUGUUUCGUUCUUUGAUUGUUCUUGAUUUUGCGAAGAAUCAUAUCGAGGGGAAAAUCCCUGAGGGCAUUGGGGCUUUGAAGAAUCUUCAAGUUCUGAAUCUAAGAAGCAACUUGAUUUCUGGUAGAGUUCCUUCUGUUAUCUUUCAUAAUCUUACUGAACUUACCGUUCUUGAUUUGUCUGAAAAUUCUUAUCUGAUGAGUGAUAUUCCUAAUGAGAUUGGGAAGCUUGUGAAGCUUCAAGAGCUAUGGCUUCAAAGCUCUGGUUUCCAUGGCGAAAUCCCUUCUUCUUUGUUGGAUUUGAGUAGUUUAUCUGUUUUGGAUCUUUCUCAGAACAAUCUCACUGGAAAACUCCCUGAAAUGAUGGGUUCUUCUCUGAAUAAUUUGGUGUUCUUUGAUGUUUCUUUGAAUAAGCUCAUGGGAUCUUUCCCAAAUGGUUUUUGUAGUGGAAAAUCUCUUGUGAGUCUUAGUGUUCAUACCAAUUUUUUCACUGGAACCUUGCCUGAUUCCUUGAAUAAAUGCUUGAAUCUUGAGAGGUUUGAAGUUCAGAACAAUGGGUUUUCAGGGGAUUUUCCUAAAUCAUUGUGGUCAUUGCCUAAGAUUAAGCUCAUUAGAGCUGAAAACAAUGGUUUCUCUGGUGAAAUUCCUGAGUCUAUAUCAAUGGCUGCUCAUCUUGAGCAAGUUCAGCUUGAUAACAAUAGUUUUUCGAGUAAGAUACCUCGAGGACUCGGGUCGAUUCGAAGCUUAUACCGAUUCUCCGCGUCGCUCAACCUUUUUUAUGGUGAAUUGCCAUUGAACUUCUGUGAUUCGCCUUUGAUGAGUAUCAUUAAUCUGUCCCGUAAUUCUCUUUCGGGACGGAUUCCCGAGCUGAAGAACUGCAAGAAACUUGUCUCUUUGUCCUUAGCAGGCAAUAGUUUUACUGGAGUAAUACCUACUUCCCUUGCUGAUCUACCUGUAUUAACUUAUCUUGAUCUUUCUGAUAACAAUCUCACUGGUUCGAUCCCUCGAGGACUCGAAAACUUAAAGCUCGCGCUGUUUAAUGUUUCGUUCAAUCAACUAUCGGGUGCUGUUCCGUUCUCUUUGAUUUCGGGGCUACCUGCUUCGUUUCUGCAAGGAAAUCCUGAUCUUUGUGGCCCUGGUUUGCAAACUCCUUGUUCUCAAAGCCAUUCAACAAACCAUGUGUCUGGACUUAAGAAAAUGACAUGUGCUCUCAUCUCUAUAGCUUGUGUUCUAGGAGUUAUGAGCUUAGCUGCUGGUUUCUUUCUGUAUUACCGGUCGUUCAAGUCGAAAUCCCGUGUCGAUAACUGGCACUCGGUCUACUUUUACCCUCUUAGAAUCAGUGAACAUGAGUUGAUCAUGGGUAUGAAUGAGAAAACUGCACAAGGACAUGGAGGAGCUUUUGGCCGAGUGUUCGUUUUAAGCUUGCCGAGCCGUGAACUGAUUGUCGUUAAGAAGCUGGUUAACUUUGGGAGUCGUUCGUGGAAAUCGUUGAAAGCCGAGGUCGAGACGUUGGCCAAGAUCAGGCACAAGAACAUCAUCAAAAUUCUGGGGUUUUGCUACUCUGAUGAUGCCAUUUUUUUGAUCUAUGAAUUCUUACACAAAAAAAGCUUGGCUGACUUGAUUUGCAGAAAUGAUUCUUGUCUGAGUUGGAAUGUGAGACUGAGAAUCGCCAUUGAGGUUGCUCAAGGACUAGCUUACCUUCACAAGGACUGUGUCCCACAUUUGCUUCAUCGAAACGUCAAAUCGUCGAACAUUCUAUUGGAUGCUGACUUUGUCCCGAAGCUCACGGAUUUCGCUCUUCACCAGAUCGUUGGAGAAUCGGCAUUUCACUCGACUGUGGCUUCGGAAUCUGCUCAUUCCUGCUAUAUUGCACCAGAGUAUAAGUACAACAAAAAAGCGACAGAGCAAAUGGAUGUGUACAGCUUUGGUGUCGUGUUGCUAGAACUGGUGACCGGGAGACAAGCCGAGCGAUCGGAAUCGACCGACUCCCUCGAUGUCGUCCAGUGGGUUAGAAGGAAGGUGAACAUAGCCAAUGGAGCUUCCCAAGUCCUGGACCCGAGCGUGUCGGAGCAAUCCCAACGACAGAUGCUGGAAGCUCUGGACAUUGCCCUUCAAUGCACUUCCAUGAUGCCCGAAAAACGACCAUCGAUGCUGGAAGUCUCCAAGGCUCUUCAACUGAUCGACUCGACGACAAACCUCCACGACGUAGCCCCCUCGGCUGCGGAGGAUGAAUCAGUUUCGAGCUGAAGACACCCAUGUUUGUAGGAGAGUUUUUGGUUGAGAGAUUGCAAUGUUUGGGACAUGUGGUAUGGUAGUAAAUACAAGAUUUUGUUCUAAGUUUUAUUUUCAGAUAGAUGCUUAAAUUUUGGUGUAAUGUAAUUGAUUGGGAGUUUAAGAAGAAGCAUCUUUCAAGAUUUUUUUUA